GACGCACGGGCCAAGGUGGCAUGUCAUCAAUCUGUUCAAUCCAAGUGGUCCCAAUCGCAUCAAAUGCGAGAUGACGUUGAUCAACAACUUGAUUUUAUUGUUGCCGAUUUUCCUUGAUAUCGGGCCAUUCAGCUACACACAUGUAGGCGUAUGUAACACAUGUACACUUACCAAAUUUAAUAGAGGAUCACAAUCUUAUACACUUCCUACAAUCGCCCCUCCUAAGAAACUUUUCAUACCCUCGAUUUUCUCUAUUAAUACUUUAAUAUCCCACCAAAUCCAAAUCCUAGACCUAACACAUCACAAUUAGUUGGGCGUCUAUACUUGGGCAACUCAAGGCGAAAGGCCUCACCGAGCCGACAUAACUACGACUAUUGCCAGAUCAUGUCGAGCAUCCGGUCUCUCUAUGCCUCCGACGGCGGUCACCUCGGGGGCAAUAUGGACGUAGAUUAUGUCGUUCAGUACAAGGUUUCCAGCGACAGAGCUGAGGCCGCGGCUGGCUUCACUCAGCUUAUUGAAGCCCUCACUAAGGUUGGGCUCGCUACAGAAGUUCGAUACGGCGACGGGUCUUCCUUAUUGGUCUUUGUUAAAGUAGCAUCUGAGAAACAUCUAACCAAUCAUAUCUAUCGCGAACGUGUUCAAGAUUGGCUGUAUGGCGUGCGCAUUACCACCCCUAACAAGGACGUGGCUAAAGAAUUCGCCGACCAACCUGUCACUGAAGCUGAGCGCCUGCGUACCGUUUACUUACUGAUCACGAAGCCCAAGAACCAAGGCGGUGCCGGUAUUGCGCCUAAGAUUGGCGUAUGGAAGGAUGUGGAAUCUAUCUUCCCACUUCAUAACCACGCCUUCAACCGACGAUGGAUUAAGCAAUGGAGUACUAAGUACUUCCUAGACGACCGAGACCUCGACCAAAUUCGCGAUAAGUUCGGCGAAAGCGUUGCUUUCUAUUUCGCCUUUAUGCAAUCCUAUUUCGCAUUUCUAAUAUUCCCGGCAGCAUUCGGCUUCGGCGCUUGGCUUAUCCUUGGUCAAUAUUCCUGGUUCUAUGCUAUUGUUAGCUCCCUCUGGUCUAUCAUCUUUUUCGAGUGGUGGAAGAAAAAGGAGGUCGAUCUCGCCGUCCAAUGGGGUGUUCGUGGAGUAUCUCGUAUCCAAAGGCCCCGAACGCAGUUUAAAUGGGAACAUGAAGCCAUAGAUCCCAUCACCGGCGAAGCUGUGAAGGUUUAUCCCCCAAUGAAGAGAUUGAAGACGCAGUUGUUGCAGGUUCCCUUUGCAUUUGGCUGUCUGGCAAUCCUUGGGGCUCUCUAUGUCUUCUGUUUUUCUAUCGAGAUCUUCCUUACUGAAAUUUAUAACGGCCCAUUCAAAUCUUACCUGACUUUCACGCCUACCAUAAUACUCACCGGAUUACAACCAGCACUGUCGACUAUUCUUAGUAGUUUUGCAGAGAAGCUCACUGAUAUGGAAAAUUAUGAGACGAUAGACAAUCAUCACGCCGCCCUUGUUCAAAAGUUAUUCAUUAUUAACUUUAUAACCUCUUAUACCCCCCUUUUCUUGAGUGCAUUUGUUUACAUGCCCUUCGGGAACCUUCUCGUGCCAUACCUGGAUAUUUUCAAGAUCACCGCCGAACAAUUCUCUAGCGAGGAGUCCAUCACUACUCAGGGCUUUCAGAUCAACCCUGAUCGUCUGAAGAAGCAGAUGAUAUAUUUCACAGUAACAGCGCAAAUUGUGAAUUUCGGUCUUGAGGCUAUUGUUCCCUACGUGAAGCGCAGGGCAUUCAAGGAAGUUGAGAGAGUUCGAUCCGAGGGUAAGGCCUCAGCAUCCAGCGACGUCCCCGAAGAACACGAGUUCCUCGAAAGAGUUCGCAACGAGGCUCAACUUGACAUAUAUGACGUUACUGUUGAUUACAGGGAGAUGGUUGUCCAAUUUGGUUACUUAUCCCUCUUUUCGGCGAUUUGGCCACUUACGCCGCUUUGCUUCUUAAUCAAUAACUGGGUUGAACUCCGAUCAGACGCCAUGAAAAUUGCUGUUAGCAGCAAGAGGCCUAUUCCUUGGAGAGAUGACUCAAUCGGACCAUGGCUUAACGCCCUCGGCUUCUUAUCUUGGUUUGGAAGCCUCGUGAGCUCCGCCAUCGUGUAUCUCUUUAGUGGUGAUUCCGAGGGCCCCGGCGGCGACCCGUCCAACAUUGCUGCGUGGGGUCUCUUAUUAAGCAUACUCCUUUCCGAACAUGUCUAUUUAGCCGCGCAAUUCGUGGUUCGAUACGCAUUGAAGCAGAUGGAUUCCCCCGGGCUUCAAAAGGAGCGAGCUGAGCGUUUUGCUAUAAGGAGACAGGUGCUAGAGGAGAGCUUGGGGCCUGAAGCUAUUGAGAAACCCCUGCCUCCCACACCACAAGUUGGGGAAAGGAUUACCCGGGAGUCCUUAGAGGACCAAGCUCGUGAGAUAUCCACCGUAGGUGGAGGAACCCCUGAACAACUAUUCUGGUUAAGACAGCAAGGGAUGGAUGAAACGAUCCAAAUAGGCCGUAAUCUAAUUUCACAGGCGAAAGCGGCCAAGAACUAGGUGCCUGGGCAACUUUGUAUCACCUAGGAGGUUGUAGAAGAAGUCCUUGUAGUUGUGUUGUUGACUAUAACGGUGAGCUUGGUGGCCGAGUAGUCGAAAUUGGUGUUAUAACCCAAACAAUAGUAAAUCAUUAUUCACGUACUUUACACUGUUAUAUAAGACAAUUGUAAUAAUAGAAGACAACUCAGUAAGCUGCUGUCAUUAUCUAC